ACACCCCUCACCUCCACCACCACCACCACCUCCUCUCCCUCUCCUCUCCUCUCCUCUCAUCACCCCCCCCGGUGCUAUUUUUUUAAUCGCUUUCACCUGAAAACCGACGAGGAGGACAAAAUGCGUGUGGAUUUGUUUUGGAUGUGUUUGUGGUGUUUGCUUCGUCCCGGUGCCGCCGGUCAAGGGCAGUCGACGGCCGGUUGUUCGCCCUCAUGCAGCUGCGAUGAAGAUGGGGGUGCAGACUGCUCCGGGAGAGGACUGACCACCGUCCCAGCUGGACUCAGAGCUUUCACCUACUACCUUGACCUGAGCAUGAACAACAUCACUGAGCUUCCAGCAUAUGUAUUCAAGAACUUCCCCUAUCUGGAAGAACUACGACUUGCGGGGAAUGACCUGUCAUUCAUCCACCCCGAGGCCCUGUCUGGACUCCAUCAGCUCAAAGUCCUCAUGCUCCAGAAUAAUCAACUCAAGACUGUGCCCAGUGCAGCCCUGAAGAACCUUCAUUCUCUACAGUCUCUUCGCCUGGAUGCGAACCACAUUACUACAGUUCCAGACGACAGUUUUGAAGGCCUUCAGCAGCUGCGCCACCUCUGGUUGGACGAUAACAACCUGACGGAGGUCCCCAUCGGUUCCCUGAGACACCAGGCAAACCUUCAGGCUCUGACGUUGGCGCUCAACCGUAUCUCAUACAUACCAGACAACGCCUUUGCAAAUCUCACCAGUCUAGUUGUGCUGCAUCUUCAUAACAACAGAAUUAAGGAGAUAGGAGAUAACUGUUUUGCUGGACUUGUGAACCUGGAGACACUAGAUCUUAACUUCAACAACCUGAUGGUUUUCCCCAGAGCAAUAGAAGCCCUGCCCAAACUCAAGGAACUGGGGUUUCACAGCAACGAUAUUGCUUCCAUACCUGAAGGGGCCUUCCAUAACAACCCUCUGCUGCGAACCAUACAUCUCUAUGACAACCCCCUGUCCUUCGUGGGCGCUUCAGCUUUCCAGAAUCUGUCUGACCUGCACUCCCUGAUGUUGCGCGGGGCCAGCAUGAUGCAGGACUUUCCCAUCCUUACAUGGACUAACAACCUUGAGAGUCUGACGCUGUCGGGAACCAAGAUAUCAUCCAUCCCCGCUGAUCUUUGUGAGGAUCUGAAGUUGCUUCGGACGCUAGACCUGUCUUACAAUGAGAUCAAGGAUCUACCAUCCCUCCAGGGCUGCGUCCAACUGCAGGAGAUAAGCUUUCAGCACAACCAUAUUCAACAAAUUGACAGGGACACUUUCCAAGGUCUCUCUGCUCUCCGUUUACUAGACCUGAGUAGAAAUGAAAUCCGAGUUAUCCACCGAGACGCUUUCCUCACCCUCAGCGCACUCACCAACCUAGAUCUCAGUAUGAACUCCCUGACUGUGAUUCCAACAACUGGGCUGAGCGUGCUCAGUCAGUUGAAGCUCUCAGGGAACCCGCAGAUGAAAAAUGUGCUGACUGCAAAAAACCUGCCCAAACUCAGGUCCAUCUCUGUCCCUUAUGCCUACCAGUGCUGUGCUUUUGUUGGAUGUGACUCAAUGACAAGUUCUUCUGAGGAAAAUGACGCAAAGAAAUCUACAGGCGGAGAGGAUGUGGAAAGAAUCUCAAUGAUUAUGCAUUGCUCUCCUUCACCAGGAGCCUUCAAGCCUUGUGAGCACCUGCUGGGUAACUGGAUGAUUCGUCUGACAGUCUGGUUCAUCUGCCUCGUGGCGCUGGUCUUUAACAGCCUGGUGCUGGUGGCCACCUUCUCCCCCACACACCGAGCGGCAGGCCAUUUCCACUCCCUCACCCCGUCUCUGUCUCCCGCCAGGCUGCUCAUGGGGCUACUGGCCCUGGCCAACCUGCUCACAGGCCUGUAUGUUGGCGUGCUGACCGUGCUCGACAUCGCUACCUGGGGCUCUUUCGCAGAGUUCGGUGUGUGGUGGGAGAUGGGGCCUGGCUGUCAGAUCACAGGAGCUCUAGCCGUCUUCUCAUCAGAGUGGGCCGUCUUGUUACUCUCCCUGGCGGCGGUGGAGCGCAGCGUGGCCGUGCGGGCGAUUCUCGGGAAGGUCAUGAUGUCACCCAGGAGGAACGGCGGCAGCCAUCGCGGAUGCUGGAGAGGAGAUCGGCGUUUCACCCUGGCCGCAGGACUGCUGGGGCUGCUGGCUGCUGCCGGAGCCUGCCUGCCUCUCCUGACCUCCAGCGACCAGUCCGCCUCCCCUCUCUGCCUGCCCUUUGCCGGCGGCGAGAGUCCAGCUUUGAGCGUUACGGUUGUUCUGGUGCUGCUCAACGCUCUGGCUUACCUGUUCACUGCAGCCGUGUACACCCAGCUGUACUGCCACCUGGGCCGGGUGGAGCUGGCAGAUCCAGAGCAGACGGGUGCCCUGCGACACGUAGCCUGGCUCAUCUUCACCAACUGCAUCUUCUUCUGCCCUGUGGCAGCUUUCUCCUUCGCCCCUCUGUUGACCGGCUCUACGGCCGGUGGCCCAGAGAUCGCCAAAUCUGUCACCCUCAUUUUCUUCCCGCUGCCUGCGUGCCUGAACCCAGUGCUGUAUGUGUUCUUCAGCCCGGCCUUCAGGGAGGACUGGCUCAGACUGCGCGGCCGCGGAGGUUUGACCAGGGAGGUGAAGGCCGGCGGCGAAAGUCACAGGGACGAUGGUGGCGGAGGGUCGGAGCUCACGGACGGAGGCUCUUCCACUCACCUGGGCUUUGACUGUGGGGUGUACUCGCAGCUUUGUGGAGAGACAGUUGUGUGCGAGCAGUGCGAGGCAGCGCUGCAUGCCAGGACCUGCUCUUCUCCCUCGUCCUCCACAGUCUGUAGACACUUGGUGAAGUCUCACAGCUGUCCCACCCUCCUGGCGGGCGCUGCAGUUUGCCAGCGCGCCGAGGGGUUUUGGGCAGACAGCGGCACACCCUCCGCUCAGUCUGAGUACGCAGACGAGGGGGACUCGUUUGUGUCGGACAGCUCGGACCAGGUUCAGGCCUGUGGCAGAGCCUGCUUCUGUCAGAGCAGAGGCCUUCCUCUGGUACACUACUCAUACAACAUACCUCGAGUCAAGGAAUAAGGACGCUCCAGAGCGCCAGUACGUCUGUGUGCACAGAUCUCUCUGUCAUGUGAAUUUAGAUGCUACGAGAAUAUGUAAACAUUUUUAUAUAACACAAAAUGUGCCAACUACCCUGGUAAAUGACUAUUCAGCAAGCACUUACGUUUGUAAUUACUGUGUAAACAGAGAUGCCACCAAUCAUUUAAAGGGAAUUUGGUAUGCUUUUUGAACUUACAGACCAUUUCCGAGUGAGCUGAACUGAGCACAUCCUGUUACAAACUGGUCAACUGAGGAACUUGCAAAGAAAAGUCUUGCCACCAGUGCCUGCCUCUUGCUUUUGAUUGGUGUACGUGUCAGAAAUGUUGUGAUCUCUCUGUUUCACCUGUACUUAUAAGCUUUUUAAUUUUUAAUUAUCUUGUCAAUGU